AUGUUGUUAAACAUCGCUCGCACUGCCUGUAGGACAUCUAGUAUAAAUGUGUUCCCAAAACCCGGUCACUCAUCGAUAACAGCACCACCGGUGCGAUGGUUCAAUGGGAAAGGCAUUGACUCACAGCGGAAAUUUAGAAUAAGAUCAACAGUGUAUUAUGUCGCUGCUGCCGGUGUGUUGACGGUUGGAUUGAGCUACGCAGCUGUCCCGUUGUAUCGGAUGUUUUGUCAGGCAUACAGCUAUGGAGGUACCACGAGUCAGGGGCACGACGCUGAGAAGGUUGAAAGUAUGCAAAAAGUAAAGGACAGAGUGAUAAAGAUCAAGUUUAACGCCGAUAUUGGAGCGUCCAUGCGGUGGAAUUUUAAACCUCAACAAACCGAGAUCAGGGUCGUUCCCGGUGAGACUGCGUUAGCGUUCUAUUCGGCAAAAAAUCCCACGGACCAUCCCGUUGUUGGCAUUAGCACGUACAAUGUGAUUCCGUUCGAGGCGGGAGCGUAUUUUAAUAAAAUACAGUGCUUCUGCUUCGAGGAACAGCAGCUUAAUCCGCACGAGGAGGUUGACCUGCCGGUAUUUUUCUAUAUCGAUCCGGAUUUCAUAGAGGACCCGAAGAUGGAGCUGGUCGACUCGAUAACGUUAUCCUACACUUUCUUCGAAUCAAAGGACGGUGUAAACAUACAAAUGCCAGUGUAUGCAAAGAAGCAUGGUUAAAUGAGAACGGUGUAGUGUGUUUUUAAACAUUGUUAAACGUGA